CGUGGAAAACCGUCUGCUUCUUGGCCGUAGUGGGCACGAGCCACUGACUCGAGACAGGAACAUCGUCAUCCCUCCAUGUGCCCACAAUGGUUCUGGAACGGUGCCCCCGACAUCCGCAGCCAGCAGCAGCACCGCGAUGGCUUCAGCGUCCAAGGUGUCUGGCGGCUUCCUCGGCUGGACGCGACCCGUGCCGCCCGAGCAGUGGGACGCCCAGAGCCCCAUCCUGCUGCAAGCGGCGCAAGCCUACCGGGAGGUCGAAGAGGCCAUCAACUAUACCUUUCGCGACAAGGGCUUCCUGGUGCAGGCGUUCACACACUCCUCGUACCCUACGAGCAGCCGCGUGGUGCCGGGCUAUAUGCGGCCCAUGGACUUCCUGGGCGACGCGAUGAUCAAGAGCCUCCUGACGACGCAGCUGUACGGCUGCCUGCACCCGCUCGGCCCAGGCACGCUCACGAAGGCGCGCGCGAGCCUGGAGUGCAACCGGCGCUUCGGUUUCGUCGCGGCCCGACAUGGCUGGCAGCGGCUCUUCCGCGUCGGCUCACCGGCGCUCAGCGAGGCCAUCGUCGAGUACGUCAAGAGCGUCGGCGACGGGGGGUACCCAGCCGAGAACGGGCUGUGCCCUCCGAAGCCGCUGGCCGACUUGUUCGAGUCUCUGGCGUGCGCCGUCUAUCUGGACUCGAACCAAGACUUGGCCGCCGUGUGGCGCACCAUGUACCCGCUGUUGAGGCCUCACGUCCACUGCGAGCUGUCUCGAACAGCCGCCAACAGCGCGCUGAAUCUGUUCUGAAUAAACGUGAAUUUC